CUUCAGAGAUCCGACCUUCAAAGACAUGACGAGUUAAUCGACGCUCGUGAUUUAUACUAACCUACUAACCUUACAGCUUCCAGCAUAACAAUUGGUCUUCUCAGAACAUUCCACAUCCGCCAGUGACCCAUUCAACUCUUGCGCCCAACAAUCAGUUCUCCACUUCCCUUUGAACGCGAUGAGUGCGAGACUCAUAUCCAAUGGAGGGGUUCCUCGAGCUCCUGCGACACCUGUGACUCCCUCGGCGCAGCGUCAGCAUGAACCCACCCCCACUGGUGCUUGGAAGCACCCAAAGUUCGACGAGAUUACCCGUCGACAGUACGCGACCACGUUUGAUGAGCGCAAUGUCAAGGCAAUCGUUGCUAAUGGCGGUCUGAUUGUCGCUUCAUUUGUCGCUCCUGGUUUGAUCGGAGAAGUCCCAUUGAUCCGCACUAUCUUUUCUUCGGCAGGAAACUUGUUGCAAAGCACCGGUCUUAACAUAAGUUAUCUCAUCUGGCUGGUCCGCCUUCUGCUCCUCAUGGGCGUUGGACAAGCAUGUCUACCUCUUUUCCGUCGCUACCAGCCCGACGACAUCGCCGAUAUCCCUCUCACUCCAUCCCAGCGAGAAGCAAUGGGUCUCGACCCUAACGUCAGAACCCCUCAAACACCCGGUUCUGCAUAUGCUUCCCCCAACUACGUGACCCCCCCGCGAUACCAAAGAUCCACUCCGCGAAACAGCUUCGGCACCCCUGCCGACUUACACUCUCCCUUGUCCGGCAGCCCUCGUGCGAGCAUGGUCAAGUCGACCUCAAACUCCCCCUUCUCUCCAAACACCGGCAGCCCGUUGUUCCAGAAAGCAGUGGGUGGUGCAUCUGCCAGCAAGCGAUUGAGUUUCGAUAGCAGGGGCAGUGGAUUCUCGAGCAGCUUGUUCGAUAGUAGCGGAAGCAAUACCCCUGGAACGCCUACACCAGGGACCGGCAGAGCCAGCGUAGGGCUGAACAACAAGUGGCUAUACGAGAAGCGGAGGGACAGCCCUAAGAGCAGCUUGCUCAGCUGAGGAGAGGAGGACCAAAUCAAUGUCACGAUUUGAUGUACUUUAAACGAUCAAAAUGGUCGCUUUAUACCCUGAUAUAUUGCGUGGGCGUCCUGCUGUAAUUCAUCUGGUUUAGCUUGUUUAACACGGUUGCAUUGGGUCUGACUGGUAGGCUCACAAUUUGCUAUGAUUUUUAUUUCAGUAAUCGUAACAGACCAACCUGUAUAUAGUACAAAUGCAAAGAGCGGAAUCUUUUUUUCCUAAAAA